AUGUGCAAACUUCACGGCUACCACUACGCCUGCGGCCAUCUGGUCCGCUAUCGGCUCUCCCGCUGCCGCGGCACUUUCACCAAGAUCCGCCGACGCCAGGCCAAGUACACCAAUGUCGACCAUGCUCCUAGGCUUGCUGCCUGUGUCGCUGAGUGCUACAUCGUCAUCACAUCCCGCUCGCUCUGCGGCUCGUGCUUGUACGAGCAGUACAAACUCCAUUGGAACGUGCGCAUCUCCGACGCCGAGAGAGCUUAUCGUGAAGCCCUUGACCAAGGCAUGAAGACUGGCCUGGGCCUAGUCGGCUGGGGCGGAGUUGGCUGGGGCGGUGGCGACAUGGAUGACGACGGCUCCAGCGACGGCUACAGCGACGGCUACGAUGACGACGAUGGAGGCUGUACGAACGGUGACCCGGAGACAACCACAGCGAACAGGAAAGCCAGCAACAGGAAACGGAAACGCUCUUUGAAGGACGAGAUCGAAUGCCGCCGCCACACACUCGAACAUUUGCGCGCCGAGUUCAGUGCCGAGUCUUGGUCCGUCCGAAAGCGCCUCCCAACCCUCGACCACAGAUCAUACACCCAUCCCAGGACUCAACCGCGCGUCUCCCACGUCCCUUCGCCGCUGCGGAACGAAGUGCGCCCUGAAGAUAUUGCUAUCAAGCAAACAUGGAACGGCAAGACGGACAGCAAUGAAGGUUGGGGGCAUUAUCCGACAUUUCAAGCUUUCUUCGUGGACACGUACGGUGGUGGCCCUGAUACUGCAUGGGAGGAUGACGCUGCAGCAUUGACCGUGUCAGGCGCGUGGGAUCCCACCGUGGUGGCCAACAUCAAUUUCGCAAACUCCAUGUCCAAUGACACCCAAGAACCUACGGGUGACGAAAGUUACUACACGGAAUACAAUCGUUUCAACACGUCCCAUGAUGAUGAAGACGACGGCCUAGACGAGAAAGACGAUACAAUUCCUGUCAUGGCGUAUGGUCCGGAGACACGUUCUCCGCCUCUGAUGCGCGACGAGGACCUUCUUGCCUCGGGCCCAAAUGCCGCGCCGCCCUCAAGGACGUCGCAUACCGAAUAG